AUGGGUUCUUCAGUGCAAAUUCAAGUGGAGGAAAAAGAAGAUGACACAGAAGAAAGUUCAAGUGAAGAGGAAGAGGAGGAGGAAGAUAAACUACCUCGAAGGGAGAGCUUGAGACCGAAGAGGAAACGGACCAGAGAUGUUAUCAAUGAGGAUGACCCGGAACCUGAACCAGAGGAUGAAGAAACAAGGAAGGCCAGAGAGAAAGAGCGAAGGAGGAGGCUGAAAAGAGGAGCGGAAGAAGAAGAAGAAAUUAAUGAAGAGGAAUUGGAAAGACUGAAGGCAGAGUUAGAUGAGAAAAAACAAAUGAUUGCUACUGUCAAAUGCAAGCCUUGGAAAAUGGAGAAGAAAAUUGAAGUUCUCAAAGAAGCAAAAAAAUUUGUGAGUGAAAAUGAAGGAGCCCUUGGGAAAGGGAAAGGAAAGCAGUGGUUUGCAUUUAAGAUGAUGAUGGCCAAGAAAUGGGCAAAAUUUCUUCGUGAUUUUGAAAACUUCAAAGCCGCCUGCAUCCCAUGGGAAAAUAAAAUCAAGGCAAUUGAAAGUCAGUUUGGCUCCUCCGUGGCCUCCUACUUCCUCUUCUUGAGAUGGAUGUAUGGAGUAAACAUGGUUCUCUUCAUCCUGACAUUCAGUCUCAUCAUGUUGCCAGAGUACCUCUGGGGUUUGCCAUAUGGCAGUUUACCUAGGAAAACAGUUCCCAGAGCUGAAGAGGCAUCUGCGGCAAACUUUGGUGUGUUGUACGACUUCAAU